UCAAUAACUUUUGAGCAAUUAAUUAGUGCUUAAAAUGACAACUCGAAGACUUCUAGCAGCUAGUGUGAGCGCCAUUGGAACUGGGACUUUAACAUAUUAUUUGCUUACACCUAAUAAUACCGUAAAAGCAAAGAGAGCGUGUGCACCAAAAAAGCCUUUACCGACUCGAGAAGAACAAAUUAGCAAACUUAAAAAAUCAGAAACUUACGAUAUUCUUGUAAUUGGAGGAGGUGCUACUGGAGCAGGAUGUGCACUCGAUGCCACAACACGAGGUCUUAAAACCGCGCUAAUAGAAGGCGAUGACUUUGCCUCGGGCACAUCAUCGAGAAGUACGAAGCUAAUCCAUGGUGGUGUACGAUAUUUACAAACGGCAAUUAUGCGACUGGACAUCGAACAAUACAGAAUGGUUAAAGAAGCGCUUAAUGAACGAGCUUCGAUGAUUCGUAAUGCUCCUCAUUUAGCGCAUCCAUUGCCCAUUAUGCUUCCAGUUUAUACAUGGUGGCAAAUACCUUACUACUGGGUCGGCAUAAAAAUGUACGAUAUCGUAGCUGGAAACAAAACUAUCAAAUCGUCCUAUUACCUUAGCAAAAAAAAUGCACUGGAAUUAUUUCCAAUGUUGAAGGGUCAUAAAUUAACGGGAGCAAUUGUUUAUUACGAUGGCCAACAAGACGACGCUAGAAUGAAUUUAGCGAUAGCCCUGACCGCAUCGAGACAUGGCGCAACAGUUGUGAACCACGUCACUGUCAUUAAUCUUCUAAAAGACAUAGACGGCGCUGGCAAGCGUGUUAUUACCGGAGCACGAGUGCGCGACGAAUUGACUGGCGAAGAAUGGGAUGUCAAAGCAAAAGCGGUUAUUAAUGCGACUGGACCGUUUACCGACAGUAUUCGAAAGAUGGAUGACGAAUGUGUUAAUGAAAUCUGUGCUCCCUCGUCUGGGGUGCACAUUGUUCUUCCUGGUUAUUAUAGCCCCGACCAGAUGGGACUUCUCGAUCCACAAACGAGUGACGGUCGCGUUAUUUUCUUCCUGCCUUGGCAGAAACAUACGAUCGCCGGUACUACGGAUUUGCCAUGUGACGUGACACACAAUCCUAAACCGACCGAAGACGAGAUCAUGUUCAUUCUCCAAGAGGUAAAAAACUACCUAAAUCCAGAUGUCGAAGUGCGCCGAGGUGACGUACUGUCAGCUUGGAGUGGCAUCAGACCUUUGGUAUCCGAUCCCAACAAACCCAAUACACAUUCUUUAGCACGUAAUCAUGUCGUUCAUGUGAGCCCCUCAAAUCUCAUAACGAUUGCUGGUGGAAAGUGGACAACAUAUAGAUGGAUGGCCGAAGAAACGAUUAACACUGCCAUCAAAGCUUGUAAUUUAGAACCGACGCGAUUAUGUCAGACCGAGGAUCUUUACUUGGAAGGAGCUCAUGGAUUUACACCUACAAUGUACAUUCGAUUGGUCCAGGAUUUUGGACUCGAAUGCGAAGUGGCCCAGCAUUUAGCCAACAGUUACGGUGAUCGCGCUUUUGCCGUUGCGAAAAUGGCUGCGCUUACCGGCAAACGAUGGCCCAUUAUUGGAAAAAAAUUACAUCCUGAAUUCCCAUACAUCGAUGCAGAAGUUCGUUACGGCUGUCGAGAGUAUGCAAGAACAGCAAUCGACAUGAUCGCCCGACGGUUUCGUUUAGCCUUUUUGAAUGUCCAGGCCGCGCAAGAAGCACUGCCAAAUAUCAUUGACAUUAUGGCUGAAGAAUUAAACUGGAGCGAAGAAGAAAAGCAGAAGCAACAAAUCGAGGCCAGUGAAUUUAUAGCUAAUGAGAUGGGACAAAUAGUGAAUAGGACGUCUCGUGAUAAAAUUCCGAUUAAUCUUACGAAAGACGAGAUUCAAUUAUACAUCAAACGUUUCAAAAUAAUUGACAAAGAUCACAAAGGAUAUGUUUCUAUAAAUGAUAUUAGACGGGGCCUUAAGGGUCUUGGCAUUAAAUUAGACGAAUCUGAGAUGCAUUUAUUACUGAAUGAAAUUGAUCUUAGUUACAAUGGACAACUGGAGCUUCAAGAUUAUCUACAGCUGUUUGGUGACAAGGCUGUAGGAGGCGAAGAACUUCAUGAAAUUCUAAGAGAAAUCGAUGCUAACAUGAACGGUCAAGUUGAACUGGAUGAGUACCUUCAGAUGAUGUCCGCAAUUAAAUCUGGCCAUGUAGCCUAUUCAAGAUUUGCACGGAUGGCAGAAAUGGAAGAAGCCCAGCAUGAGAAGGAUUCGUUGAAGAAGAAAAUCAGCGUGGAAAGAUCGGGUGGUGGACUGUAAAGAAGGAAUUAAUAUCACGAUGAAUAGAAAAUUGCAUUCUUAUCAUAUUAUAUAAUACAUUAUCUACCUCUUUCUAUUGUUUUGUCUCUUCUCUGUAUCGUCAACUGACACUGAACAUUAUUUAUUAACUAGAAAAUUAAUUUUUCUUCAUCGUGCAGGACACGAUAUUACCUAAAGUUAUAGGUUCAAAAAAAUGUAUCAUUACUGGAAUUUUAAAUAAUUCUACUAAAAAACAAAACA